UUUUUUUUUUUUUCAAAAUGCUUGUUUAUGGGUUAAGCCAUUUUAGCUUUCAACUUGGAAAUGAUGAUAUUUUGAAGAUUGAUAUAACUAGUGGCUGACUUAUCAUUGCUUGGGCUACUAAGUUCUACUGACUGAUAUUUUUUCUUGUAGAAAUAGUGUUAGAAUAGUCUUAGUGGCUCAUAAAGUUUUGAAUGACUUGAAUGGCAGGCAAUUUGAAGUACUAUUAAAUUCUACCUUCAUUUUGUAGUCAAGGAUCCUGUUCAUAAAUUUAGAUACAGAUCCUUGUAUUCACAGCUGGAGAUAGAGACUGCUACCUUCUCUUCAAAGCAAAGUCUCUUCCAAUUUUUUCCAUACAAGAAGUUAAAGUUGAAUCUUCUAGAACAGAAAAGAAUUUUAGAUAUAUUGGCCUGGGUUUUUCUUAAUAUUUUGGCAUUGCUUGGCCAUUGGAUUAUAUCUCUAGGAAAAGCAAUCAAACUUUAUACCUGAAAGUUCUUUGCUGCAUAGGCAGAAGUAUGGUCCCAUUAAUGAUCGGAAAAAUGGCUGAAUUUGGAGGGGGAAAUGCUGUCGAUAUAUUAUCAGCUGAAGAUUGGUUGUUGCGUGCACAAGAGCUCGUUCCAGUGGCACUGGAGACUGCACGAGGGGUUAGAGGAUUCCCGGGAAGGUGGAAGAUGAUAAUUUCAAAAUUGGAGCAGAUUCCAUCGAGGUUGUCGGAUUUGUCUAGUCAUCCUUGCUUCUUAAAGAACGCCCUAUGUAAGGAGCAGCUGCUGGCAGUAACGAAGACGUUGAAUGAAGCGAUUGAACUAGCUGGGAUGUGUGUGAAAGAAAAGUACGACGGAAAGCUUCAGAUGCAAAGCGAUUUAGACACUUUGUCCGGGAAAUUGGAUUUAAAUUUGCGUGAUUGUGGGAUUUUGAUUAAAACGGGAGUGCUUGGUGAAGUUACUCUAUCAUCAGCUGCAGCGAGCUCUAUUAGCAGCAAUUUAAGGGAAUUGCUUGCCCGUCUUCAAAUAGGUCAUCUUGAGGCUAAACAUAGAGCUCUCGAUAGCCUCCUGGAAGCCAUGAAAGAGGACGAAAAGAAUGUUAUAGCCGUCUUAGGGCAUAGCAAUAUCGCAGCUCUAAUCCAGUUGCUUACUGCUACUUCGCCUCAGAUAAGAGAAAAAACAGUCAGAAUAUUCUGCUCGCUUGCAGAAUCUGGAUGCUGUGAAAAAUUGCUCGUUUCGGAAAGUGUACUUCCCCCUCUUAUACGCCUCGUUGAAUCCGGCACUCCCUUGGCUAAAGAGAAGGCUACCGUUUCUCUUCAGAGAUUGUCAAUGUCAACAGAAACCGCUCGAUCGAUCGUUGGGUAUGGAGGCGUUAGGCCACUGAUUGAAAUCUGUCGAACGGGCGAUUCUGUUUCACAGGCUGCUGCUGCUUGUACGUUGAAAAACGUAUCUUCUGUGCCCGAUGUGCAACGAGUGCUGGCUGAAGAAGGGGUUGUUAAAGCAAUGAUCAGUCUUCUCGAUUGCGGUAUUCUUCUCGGGUCGAAAGAGCACGCUGCUGAAUCCUUGCAGAAUCUUUCCUCGGGCAACGAUGAUCUCAAAAGACAGAUUAUAUCCGAGGGCGGUGUUCAAAGCCUGCUAGUGUAUUUGGAUGGCCCGCUGCCUCAAGAAUCUGCAGUCGGGGCAUUACGAAACUUGGUCAGCUCGAUUUCCAUCGAGGCAUUAAUUUCGCUUGGCGUCCUCCCGAGGUUGGUUCGUGUACUCAAAUCGGGAUCGCCCGGUGCACAGCAAGCCGCUGCUACUGCAAUCUGCAGAAUAUGCACAUCAUCUGCUACGAAAAAGACAGUAGGCGAGGCGGGAUGCAUCCCUCUUCUCGUUAAAAUGUUAGAGGCAAAAGGAAAUAGCACGAGGGAGGUAGCUGCUCGAGCGCUCUAUACCCUGAUGACCCUCGCAUAUAAUUGUAGAGAACUCAAGAAGGACGAUAGAAGUGUGCCAAAUUUGGUGCAGUUGCUCGAUCCAAGCCCUCAAAACAGCGCCAAAAAGUAUGCGGUCUCGUGUCUUACCUUGCUUGCCUCGAGCAGGAACUGCAAGAGGCUGAUGGUUUCGUAUGGAGCUAUCGGUUAUCUCAAGAAGCUCACCGAGAUGGAUGUUCCGGGUGCUAAUACGCUACUCGAGCUUUUGGAAAGAGGGAAACUGAGAAGUUUGUUUAGCAGGAAAUAAAUAAUAGCCUUCUAUGAUGAAUUCUCUCUUCUCCUUUGACUAAUGCCAUUAUCUAUCUGAAACAAAUAGCCUCUUUUUACCAUCUGCAAAGUGUAAGCUUAGCUUGUUAAUCUAGCAAUCCAAGUUGUUAUGUAAACUGUAAACAUAAACACCCCCCUGGCCCCCUCUAUUGGUUAGAGAAUAAUGUAUAUAUAUAAUUCUAUGAUUUCUCGUUUAGUAUACUAGUUGACAGAUGGUUA